AAAGGACGUUGCAGUUACAGCAGCUCCGGCGCCCUGGACGUCUAUGGCGAAACUCGAAAUUGAAGCUCUGCAGCCGGGCUCGAAUAUAAGCUCGACAACGUCGGAAGGAGUUUCACAAAGAAUCAAGGUCCUGGUGACUGGUGGUCUGGGUUUCGUGGGGUCGGCUAUUGUUCGAGCAUUGCAGGAGCAGCACCCAGAGUGGGUGGUAUGCAUUCUAGAUGCAGCCGAAGAUCCCAGAGGUUUGCCGGAAUACCAAGAUGACGACUAUGGGCUGCUCAGAGGAUGCUCAUAUGAGCACGUCCAGGCAGACAUCACAAACCAGAUGGAUGUGAUGGAGGCACUCGAGCGGAUAAAGCCUGAUGCUGUUGUGCAUUCGGCAGGCAUGGUUCCGCCUUUGAGCGAAAGAUACUCACGUCGUAUCGAAGCACUGGUAAGGAAGACCAAUGUCACCGGCACGCAACAUGUGGUAGGAGCAGCGAAACAGACCGGUUGCAGAGCCCUGGUUUAUACGAGUAGUUGCUGCGCUGUAGUAGAUGACAUGAGCAUGUCAUAUCCGAAUAUUGACGAGAGGUGGCCUGUGGCCGACAAGAGCUCCAUCUAUGGCGAGAGCAAGGUCGAAGCAGAAAGGAUUGUGAUUGCAGCAAACACCAAUCGUGAGCAGGCCCAGGAGUCCGCAGGUGACGACCCCACCGAGAAGAGUCUUCACCCUCGCCCCCAACGUCCGAUGCUCACCUGCGUCUUGAGGCCAUCUGUUAUCUUCGGAGAAGGAGACAAUCAGCUGAUACCUUCCAUUCACGCCUGUAUCGCGAAAGGGGAAUCUCGGUUCAUCAUUGGAGAUGGCUGUAAUCUCUGGGAUACGACGUAUGUUGGAAACGUAGCUGAUGCUCAUGUGCUCGCCCUGGAAAACCUGUUGAGUAUCCGGGCAAAGCGGAACCCAGUCGACGCCGACGAGAAGGAUGUUGUCGAAAGUGCUCGCCUCGGGGCCGGAAGCGCGGCAGGAGAGACGUUCUUCAUUCAAAACAACGAGCCCAUCUCGUUCCGAGAAUUUAGCCUUGCAGUAUGGAAAGAGUUUGGACACUACCCGCCUUGGUUGGAAAUUCGAAUUCCAGAAGGACUGGGGUGGGCCCUGGGUCUGGUCGCGGAACUUUUCACGCGAAUUUCCGGCCGGCCAUUGACCCUGUCCCGCGGUAGCGUGAUGGAUGCGGCGGCCAUGCGUUAUGCGACGGGGAACAAAGCCAGCAGGAUUCUCGGCUAUCGCCCACGAAUAGGGCUAGAAGUGGGCAUCAAGACAAGUUGCCAAGACUAUGCGCGACGCUUGCAACGACGUCAGGAACGAGCAGACGUGUGUCGAGAGCAGACGUGAAGAUAUGGCAACUUCUCGGAGAUUAUCGCCACAUCAGACUGAUCAGGUGCCUGUCGAAUGAGGUCAACUAUCCUGCUCAAGAACAAGCCAACUCGUGCUACCCCAUUGGUGUCGUGUUUGCCCCUUGACACCGUUAGGACGCCAGCUCGGGAUGGAAGCGAUAGUACCUGCCUUCUAGAAGCAAGCGAAGGUGCGCAGCGACGACCCUCACGGCGCAACUCUUCUGCUUUAGGCAUUUGGACCUAGAUCGACGGCU